AACAGAGUUAGUGUAUCAGACCACAUUUAGAAUACGGGAUUCAAGCAGCGUGUCAUUGUUUCAAAUAUGAAGCAGAUAUGCUAGAAAGAGUCCAACGACGCGCUACUAAGAUGGUACAAGGUCUAUCUGGCCUAUCUUAUGAAGACAGACUGAGACACUUUAACUUAUUUCCGUUAUCUUACCGUAGAAUACGGGGUGAUCUAAUAUUGGCCUAUCGUAUACUGAACGAUGACCUUGGUAUUAACAUGUCUUAUGUUUUGCUUCCGUCUAGAACCGAUCAUUUGAGAGGACAUUCGAAGAAAGUUCAAAAACCGAGAUCAAACCGUUUACGUCUGGAGUUCCGUUUCUCGCACCGAGUAGUGAAUUACUGGAAUUCCCUACCGGAACACGUAAUAUCAGCACCGUCUCUUAAUAUAUUCAAAACGAGAUCGGACCUCCACAGUAUUACAAACUGCAAGGAUUAAUAUAGGUUGACAGACCUCCUAUCCUUAUUACUGAAGACAGACACCUCAAUCUCUUAAUUUCGGGAAAUUUGACCCGUUUUGGGGAAGCCGCUAUCAUAAAUUGUGACGGAAUAGCACCAAAACCCCGAAAUUUCCCUAGAUCUGGCAAAUUCCCUCAACAUUUUGUGUUCUCCCCUAUAUUUCUCUAAAACUUUGGGAUUUUCCGAAAUAAUUCCCCAGAAUUUUAUUCCACUUUGGGGAAUCCGUCUAUAUUUAUUGAUAAAACCUCAAAGGCUUCUCAUUUUCGGUGAAAUUAUCCAAAAUGUCUCGUUUUAAUGCAUUAAUUCUCGACAGAUAUCACGGAAAAGCCUGGAGAUUUAAUAAUAAGUACCUAAACGUUUCUACUCAUGUAUCCCAUCUUUUCCUGUCAAUUUCGCACAGUAAAUGAAGUGCCAAAGCAAUUUAACUGCAGCCGGUAAUAAGAAUCAGUCUGUCGCUGUAAUUAAAAUACUGGUAUACAACCCUUUUAGUUUAACUCAACUUCAUUACCCUUUCGAGUGACAAAAAGGAAGGCAAAACAAUAUUCUAAGAAAAAUGAAAUGAUUACGAAACCGUGUACUCUUACAUCUAAAGCGAACAAACCUGCGGAGUGGAUAGCAUGUGAUAAAGUUGUCGUCCGUGAUCAAGUUCGUUGGCAAUCAACCACUUCAUCCAAACCAUUUGUAUACCAUCCUAAAACCCUGAAACCAAUUGUGUCUGCUUAUCCUACACUACCCGCUAAAUCGAAUUCUUCAGCUCAUCUUUUGUGUAGUCCCACAAUGAAAGUAGAUAAAGAAGCUCAAACAGAUAGUAAUCAUACUAUUAUAUUUAAUAUUGAAGAUAUAAUCAGAGCUCAGCGUAAUUUAGCAUCUACCAAUCAAAAUUCACAUCUAUCUUCUUCUGAUGGUAAGGAUGACAGUAAAGAGUCACUUCAGAAGGCGUUGGAAUUACAGCAGAGAAUUAACGCCGACUUAAAAAACUUAUUGGUAUCUGCUAUGUCUGGUAAUUUAAAUGUGGCUCAACAGCUAAUCGAUUUAAUCAGUAGUAAUGCAUACCUUUGUGGUCAAAGUGAAGGUUUAGCCCAACAGAAAUCUGUUCUACAAGAAGCCGCCAACACAGCCGAAAUUGUAGCUGAUGUAUGGCAGACAAAAUGUAUUGCUAGUCGUGCUGUAGCGGGUGAAGCAGCUAAACAUGCCACCAUGUCAGUGCAUCAGGCACAUUUAGCUCGACACGCGCUGGCGCAUCUUCUUGGUGAACGUGCACAGAUACGUCGAUAUCUAAGUCAAGCAAUCCCUUUGUUAUCUGAUUAUUGUAAUAAACACGAUAUUAAACUAAAUAAACCGAUUAAUCAGACAUGUAGUACACUAAGCUUGACAUCACUAUGUUUUGAUUUGGCUUUAGCGAUAUCACCGAAUGCUAGAAUCCAACCAAUUCAAUGCUCUUCAGAUACAGUUGGUGAAGAGUUGGCACAAUAUGUUCUGACAAGAGUCAAUAAUAAGAAUAUUCUUAAAUACGAUCGUAUGUUUUCCACCACAUCAACUGUAUUUGAUGCUUCAACAACCGCCCUGUCUACAGUACCUCCUCUAGAAACAACUGAAACUGAUGAUUUACUUUUGAAAACACUUGAAUUAUUUCAGUCUACUGGAAAACGAAAGCAUAAUCUGGAAUUGUUUUCUUGUUCAAAAUGUGUGGGAGAUGUUCUUGUGAUAUGAUUUCAAUUCCAGACAUUUCGGCAAAAAAAUUGGUGAUACCUUUUGAAAAUAACAACUAACCUCACAAUCUUUCAUAUUUUACUACAGAUUAAUUCUAAAUUAAGACAUUUAGUGU